CUCUCUCUCGGACAUCAACCAAAGUCUCCCCUCCAUAAUUUUAUUUUAUACUGUUUCUCUUUCCUCACACAUUCCUUCAAUGUAAUUACAACAUGGCAGCAACAACCAUUCAAACCGACCAUUGCUCUUUUAUUAAUCAAAGAAAAACCAUUCAACUGAAUCACUCUAAACACCCAUCUAGAUCGAUAGAUAUAUAUACAUACUUGUAGUAUUUGUGUGUGUGUGUAUUAGAGAGAUAUCGAAAAUGGGGAGCUACAAUUACUACAAGAUGUUCGGUUGUUUCAAUCGGAAGUUCAAGAUCAACGAGACAGAGCCACCGAUGGACGUGAAAGUGGCGUUUUCUAGGUACCCUGAGAGGGGGACCCACAUGACCGCCGAUCAGCUCCACCGGUUUCUGAUUGAAUUUCAGGGAGAGGAAGGGCUUACCUUGUCUGACGCUGAGCGGAUCGUGCACCAGGUUCUACAUGGGCGGCACCACCUGACCAGGCACACCCGCCACGGCCUUACUCUUGACGAUUUCUUCCAUUUUCUAUUCCUAGAUGAUCUCAAUGGCCCCAUCAAAUCUCAGGUACACCAUGACAUGACUGCUCCAUUGCAACAUUAUUUCAUAUAUACAGGUCACAAUUCCUAUCUGACAGGAAACCAAUUGAGCAGCAAUUGUAGCGAAAUUCCAGUCAUAAAAGCUUUGGAAAGAGGUGUCAGGGGAAUAGAACUGGAUAUAUGGCCAAAUUCUGCGAAAGACAAUGUCAAUGUUCUUCAUGGGAGGACCUUGACUACUCCUGUGCCACUCAUCAAGUGUUUGAAGUCAAUUAAGGAGCAUGCUUUUGUCAAAUCUCCUUAUCCUGUCAUAAUUACUUUGGAAGAUCACCUUACACCAGACCUUCAGGCUAAGGUUGCAGAGAUGGUUAUUCAAACGUUUGGGGAAAUGCUAUAUUACCCUGAGUCAGGAUGCUUAGAAGAAUUCCCUUCACCUGAAGAUUUAAAGCAUCGAAUUAUACUUUCUACCAAACCACCAAAAGAAUACCUUGAGUUGAAGCAUCCUAAGGAGAAGGAAAAUGCCUCACAAAUGGAAAAGGAUUCUUCUGAAGAGGAGCUAUUGGGAAAGGAAACAUCAGAGCAUCCAGCUGAUCUGGAUUCUGACGGAAGCGAUAGUGAUCAAGAUGAUAAAGAUGGUGAUGUCAAUCACCAGAAAACCUGCCAGCUAGGAGCACCCGAGUACAAACGUCUGAUUGCAAUUCAGGCCAGGAAACCUAAAAAGGGGUUGAAGCAUGCCCUAAUAACUGGAAUUGGUAAAGCUCAGCGUCUUAGUUUGAGUGAACAGGCGCUCGAAAAGGCUGCAGCAUCUCAUGGAAUUGAUGUUGUGAGGUUCACACAAAAGAAUAUUCUGAGGGUGUAUCCAAAGGGAACGCGCGUCACCUCCUCAAAUUUUGAGCCACUUACAGGAUGGAUGCAUGGAGCUCAGAUGAUUGCAUUUAAUAUGCAGGGGCAUGGCAAAUUACUCUGGUUGAUGCAUGGGAUGUUCAGAUCCAACGGAGACUGUGGUUAUGUGAAGAAACCUGAUUUUCUGAUGAAGAAAGGUCUACAUAAUGAGGUAUUUGAUCCCAAAGUAACAUUGCCGGUGAAGACAACUUUAAUGGUAAGAGUAUACAUGGGAGAUGGAUGGCGUUUGGAUUUUAGCCAUACACACUUUGACUCGUAUUCACCACCAGACUUCUACACAAAGGUUUAUAUAAUUGGAGUUCCAGCAGACGCUGCCAAGAAGAAAACGACGACGAUUGAGGAUGACUGGGCACCUGUUUGGGAUGAAGAGUUUACAUUUCCAUUGACAGUGCCAGAGCUGGCUCUUCUUCGGAUUGAAGUACGAGACUAUGACAGUUCAGAGAAGGAUGACUUUGGUGGGCAGACAUGUUUGCCUGUUUCUGAGUUGAGAACUGGGAUUCGAUCAAUCCCACUUUAUGACAAAAAGGGUGAGAAACUCAAAUCUGUAAAGCUCCUAAUGCGGUUUCAAUUUGUAUGAACUGCAUUGUUUUGUGUUCUUCCUGGACACAAACUUUUGCUAGCUCUUGUGUCUCUGUAUUGUCUUUCAUAUGAUUUGUAGUUUCAGUUUAUUGUAUAGCGGGACUGCAAUAUGGUAACAGAUUGAAAU